CAAAAUGGAGGUCGAAACGGCAACAUGCGUAGUCACCGUUGUUCUGCUGGUUGCAUACAUCAUUCACAGCAAGAGAAACAACUCCAAAUACAAAGACAUCCCAGCUGUGACGCCCAGGGUCCCCUUUAUUGGGAACGCCCUGACCCUUGACCUCUCCCGCUGCCACAAAGCGCUGACCGACUGGGCGGAGAAGUUCGGCCCCGUGUACCGCAUCAAGAUCUACGGGGAGGAGAUUCUGGUGCUCAACAGCUGCCAGAGCGUACACGACGCCCUCGUCGUUCAGGGCAGCGCCUUCGCCGGGCGCCCGCCCAUGUACCGCACGGCCAAGGAAGACCGCGACAAGCACUCGAUAGUCUGGCAGACGUACACGGACAAGCUGGUGUUCCUGAGGAAGGAGGUGACCAAGUCGCUGAAGAUGUACGGCGACGGUAUGGACAACCUGGAGUUUAGAUGUGCACCAGAGAUCAAAACCCUGCUGACCAAACUGUCCAGUUAUAAGGGUCAGCCGUGUGACCCAUGGGAACACAUCUACGAAGCUAUUUCUAAUGUUAUGUUGGGUUUGACCCUGGACACCACGUUUGACCACGCCAGCCACAGUUUCCAGAUGAUCAAAGACAUCAACGGCCUGUUUAACGACACUUUUGGGACGGGCAAGGCCCGGGGGAUGGACUUCCUGCCCUUCCUCAGCAAGCUCAACCUCCACGCCUAUUCGGACCGUCUGCAGACGGCACUCAGUCUUAGGGACCAGUUCUGGAAGAAGGAGCUCGCGCUACUCAAGGACCGCGGUGACGCUGACUGCAUAGUUCAAAGGUUACUGGCCUUGAUCCCUGACCCCAAGUACAAGGGUUACGACGUCUGUGAAGCCACGGCUAAGGAAGUUUUCACAAACCUGAUCCUUGCCGGUACAGACACCACUGUCACUACACUAACCUGCCUGCUGUUGGUGUUCCUCCAUCACCCGGAAGUCCAGGAGAAGAUGUGGACGGAGGUCAAGCAUCAGAUCGGCGAGAACAGACUUGCCACAUUGGCAGACAGAAAAAACAUGCCAUACUCGCAAGCCAUCCUACUAGAGUUGCUGAGGUACAUCUCACACGUACCGCUGGCAGUGCCGCACUACACUACAUGCGAAACGUCGGUUUUGGGGAUUUCCGUUCCGAAAGAUAUGACCGUGUACAUCAACCUGUGGGCCGUCCAUCACGACCCCCAGGAGUGGGAGGAGCCGUGGAGGUUCAGACCUGAGAGGUUUCUGGACAAGGAGGGUCAGUUGCUGCCCAUCACAGACCCCAUGAGGAGGAAGCUGAUGGUCUUUGGGGGAGGACGCCGCGUGUGUCUGGGGGAGGCGCUGGCCAAAAACAGGCUCUUCCUGUUCGCCUCCGCCCUGGUCCAGAACUUCAAGUUCCUGCCGUCUGCUGACAACCUAGCACAGCUUCCUGACCUUGACCCCAGAACUUACGAAUUAGGUGUUGUCCUGCAUCCCAAGCGCUACGAGCUGCGGGCAUUUCCGCGUAACUAAGUAACGCUAGAAAAUGGUUAAACCAAGACCAUCAUUGGGUAUCAUUUGUCAUCAACGAAAAUUCAAUUUUCUUAUAUAUAUAUA